AAUUUUUUAGUAUCGUUCUUCUUGUUCCCCAAGGCAGCAGCCCUAGCGUGAGCUUAUCGUCACCGACUUACCGUCUUAAUUCGUCUCCUAUAAAUUCUUAAUGUCGGCGUGUUCUUAAUCGGCGUCGUCCAUAAAAAUCGGUUUCUUCAGAACUUCGCAAAAUUCAGUUGCGAAAUAGAGAAAGAUUGGGGAAAGUAAUUCACCCAUUUUUAUGUCCGCCUAUAAUUCAUCGAAUUCUGAACAAUCAUCCGAUAUGGCUGCUCCACUUGUAGCUGGACUUUGUGUAGCUGCAACGGCUCUAGCGGGCAGAUACGGAAUUCAAGCCUGGCAAGCGUUUAAGGCAAGACCUCCUAGACCUAGAAUGCGUAGAUUCUAUGAAGGUGGUUUUCAGCCAACUAUGACGAGGCGUGAAGCUGCUCUCAUUCUUGGUGUCAGGGAAAGUACAGUUAUAGAAAAAGUAAGAGAAGCACACAGAAAGGUGAUGAUUGCAAACCACCCAGAUGCAGGGGGCAGCCAUUACUUGGCUUCAAAAAUCAAUGAAGCUAAAGAUGUGAUGCUCGGAAAAACGAAGAACAGCGGAUCUGCUUUUUAAAUUCGCUUCACCCUUCCUCACCCUUAUAGAGAGAUUUUGGAGAACCUGGCAUUGGAAGGUGAUCCGGGAUCCUGCAUCGUAUUUAUAGAAGUCAAUGUUCGGUUAUAGCUGUCGAUUGGAUUGGAUGAUUGGCUACAUUGUUCCUUGGAUAUUGCUCUACCUGCUCUCAUCUCAAUAAAUAGGACUAUAAUUCAUUGUUAAAUUAUUUUGUACAAUCUAUUAUUGACUAUUGAGUAUUGAUAAUGCUAUUAGCUCCCAUGCUGAUACACAAUAUUGGAAGGUGAUGGUUUUCUGUACUUAGUUCUUAUGGUUUUUUGUUUUCUGUUUUUUGGAAUUAAAAAUCAAAAAUAGAUAACCUGAAUGAGUGGUUUUCUCUUUU